ACGCCUCGUGACCGUCAACCCGCGCCGUAAUUCGGAUGGAGCGUGGAGCGUCCACGGGGAACAUGGACGAGAAAGUGACCCCUCGGCGUCGAGCCGCCAGCGUCAUCCCGUCGCUGUGCUCGGUAGCGUCCAUCGCCUUCUGCGUGGUGCUCAGCAUCCACGCAGCAGACGUCAGGCGCCGGCUGGCGGGUUUGGAGCGCGGCGCGGACGCGUCGACGCGCGCCCCCGCCGACGAUUUGGAUGCGUUGGUUGCGCAAAAAGUCAACGAGAUGCUCUCCCAGCGUUCUUAUGAGCAAUUCGUCAAGAUCCGGAGCGCCCGGCAAGCGUCACCUGAAUGCAACUGUCCUCCAGGACCUCCAGGGAAACGAGGAAGGCGAGGCCGUAAUGGAGAACCCGGACCUCCUGGCCCUCCAGGUCCAAGGGGUGAAAAGGGGGAUCAAGGCGACCAGGGACCACGGAUGGUCUUCCCUAAGAUCAAUCAUGGCUUUCUUUCUGCUGACCAGCAGCUCAUAAAGCGACGUCUCAUUAAGGGGGACCAGGGGCAAGCAGGACCACCUGGACCUCCAGGGCCCCCGGGUCCACCAGGCCCACGGGGGCCCCCAGGGGACACUGGCAAAGAUGGACCAAGGGGCGUACCAGGGGCACCGGGUGAUCCAGGGAACUCAGGAGACAUCGGACCGAUGGGACCAGAGGGGCCUCCAGGACUCAAGGGUUCUUUGGGGCCGCCUGGCAUUCCAGGUGUUGAUGGACUGAAGGGGGAUCUUGGCAUCCCAGGACUGGACGGCAUCCCAGGAGCCAAGGGUGAAAUGGGAGAGCGAGGUGAAAAGGGCGAUAUGGGGGAAGAAGGACCAAAAGGUGAAAUUGGGGAAAAGGGGGAUGCAGGCUCCUCUGCGGCAGGCAUCAAGGGUGAACCCGGCGAGCCCGGAAGAAGCGGAUACAAGGGAGAGCCGGGACUUCCAGGGCUGCCUGGACUGCCAGGGAUUAAGGGUGAGCCAGGAUUCCUCGGUCCUCAGGGAGAGCCAGGCCUCCCAGGCCUUCCAGGUACUAAGGGCGAGAGGGGUGAGCACGGACCGCCCGGGAAAGGCGAACGAGGCGAUUUGGGACCCGUCGGCCCAAAGGGCGCGCAAGGAGAGGCGGGCACACCUGGUACCAAAGGCUCAAAGGGCGAAAAUGGCGAUAAAGGAGACUUUGGGCCCGAGGGGCCAAAGGGCCCACCUGGGCAAAAAGGAGACCAGGGCGCCACAGAAAUUAUCGACUACAACGGGAAUAUUCAGGAAGCGCUGCAGAAGAUUACCACUCUUACAGUGACGGGCCCGCCGGGUCCUCCCGGGCCCGUAGGACCCCACGGUAUGAAGGGCGACCGCGGCAUGCCUGGCCUCCCGGGACUUGACGGAGAACGUGGCUACAAGGGUUCCAAGGGAGAUAUGGGAAUGCCCGGAGCAUCGGGGGAUAAAGGAGCAACCGGUUUACCCGGCUUACCAGGUGUCAACGGGGUGAAAGGGGACAAAGGAGAUUCGGGUCUGCCGGGUCCCCAAGGUUCCUCGAUUAUUGGCCCUCCAGGGGCACCGGGACCUCACGGGCCUCCGGGACCCAUGGGACCCCAUGGUUUCUCCGGACCAAAGGGUGAACCCGGUUUGCACGGUACAAAGGGGGCACGUGGAGAACCAGGCCACAAAGGGGACAGAGGACCUUUAGGUCUCCCUGGAGCCUCCGGCUUGGACGGCAAGCCCGGGAUUAGGGGUACCGACGGGCCUUUGGGUCCAGCUGGUCCGGCCGGCCCAAAGGGGGACAGGGGCGAGCGAGGGGCGACAGGGGACCCGGGACCGAGGGGGCCCUACGGAUUACCAGGAGCAGCAGGAACACCAGGCUUGGAUGGGUUGCCCGGGUUGAGAGGCGAGAAAGGCGACCUUGGGGAAAGAGGAGAGAAGGGAGAGAAGGGAAAGAAGGGCAAAAAAGGGCCUAAGGGCGAGAAAGGAGAACAGGGUGCCCCUGGAUUAGAUGCACCCUGCCCAUUGGGUCCCGACGGCUUACCGAUGCCCGGCUGCUGGCAGAAGUGAUCACUCUAACCUGAACCGCAUGGAGUUUGUAAAUAAUCUUUUUUUUUUUUUGUUGGUAUUUAUAUUUUUUUUAAUGGGAUUUUGAAAAAGAGAAGUGUAUGAGGAUGCAAAACCAACAACAAAAGAAACCCUGGGAUGUGUCACGCCCCAAAACCUGCUUCUACUCACAUCACAUCAUCGUGUGGGGAAAACAAAAUGUCCGCUUUCUCACAUUCACCUUGUUCGUGUUUGUGUAUGUUGGGUGGUUUGUUCGGAGCUUGUGGCGGAACUUUACAACCUCCCACACUGGAGUGCCACAGGGCUCUGGCUUGGGCGCUUGGACUCACAGACAGGAAGACGUUUUUGUGUUGUCACCACCCACCAACGCACGCAGCAUUAAAAAAAAAAAAAAAAAAAAAAAAAGACAAAACCUCGCAAAAGCAUGCUGAUAUGUCUUGUGCGCACACUGUUUUGGCUUCUGCAGAGGAAAAACUAACCACAACAAAAAAAGAGAGAUUCCAUUUUUUUUUUAAUUUCCAUUUUUUGCUGAAUCUUCCCAAGGGAGUCACGCCGUGGCUGGUCGCCUGAAAAGUCCCCAAAGCGAAAGGUGUUUGUUGCUUUAAUGCGUCUGCCCGCCGUGCCUGCAAGAGGCGUUGAUGGGCGCCGCCCCGCCCCGCCCUGCCGGGUCCGGGGAGCCCGCACCUCUUUCGGCUGCACUGAUAACAAUCCACAAAGGGUUUUAAUUGAGACGGGUCCCCCACUUUUGAGCCGGGGACGGUCUCGGCGGAAACGGUUGAGGAUCUACUGAGUGUUGAUGGAAUGCAGUCAUGGUUUUUGGUUUUAUUUUAUUGGAAUUCAGUUUUUGGUUGGUCUUGCUAAAGCUCCAAGCAACCUGACAUGUUGCGUCGUCUGUUUGGUUGCCUGUUGGAAAAAAAACAGACAUGAGUAAUCCCGAUCUCAAUUUGUGUGUUUGACUGUUUGUCCCGCGGCUCUCCUUGCCCACGUGACUUUCUUGGUGUACAUUACAGAUUAAACUUUUGGCGAAAAGGCCAAACAGAAAAACGCUGUCAACAAAGAUAUGACACAACAGGAUGAGGGCGCUUUGGCAACGUGACGCUACGAUGACGUUUUGUUUUUUCUUGUUUUCUAUUUGGUGUAUGAUAGCCUUUGGUGCCUGGAGCUGUUAUUCAUUCCUUUAUCACAAACCUUAUAAGCAUCUUUUCAUUUAUUGUUGAUUGGAGAGGAAUUUAUGUAGUGAAAUGUGUCGUUUUUGGGGUUUUUUCUUCACAAUUGUUCAGCUUUAAGUAGGUGCAAACAACAAACACACGGGUGGCGUCAGUUCACUGCAUGAACACUCGCGUUAUAUCGCGAGAAGUCCUAAACGGAACACCCACGAGACCAUUUUGGUGCAUUUUGUUUCUUGAGUCGCUGCUAUGCCAGCUUUUUUUUUUCUUCUUCCCAAAUAUUCACCAAUUUCUUUGUUGUCGGGUCGUUUAUGUAUGACGCGAUUUCUUUGCAUAUAUGAUGUAUUUGUAUUUGAUGACAUAAUUUAUUUUUCUAUGAUUUCUUGGAUUGCUUGGGUUUUCCAAGCAACAUUCCCGUACGUGUCUCACUCGGGCGUCGCCAUGACGACACAUCUGCUUUUGUAUCGGUGACCUGAAUGUUGUUGGGCCCAGCUAUUGCGAUACGUUUUGCUUUUCUUCCCUCACUUGUUUGCAUUGAAUGUAGUUUGGUCUCUAAAUCUCUCUAUAUAUCUAUAUAUAUAUAUGUGUGUGUGUACUUGUAUUCUGUAUAGUGGAUGAGUUCAUGUACUGUUGAGAUGUGCUCAUUUGACAAAAAGUGCAAUUUUAUGAUCACCUCGUGUGUGUGUGUGCGUGCGUGCCUGUGUGUGUGCGUGUGUGCACGCGCGCGUCCGUGCGUGUGCGUGCGUGUAUGUGUGUAAUGCAACAUGAGUGAUUUCUGCGGCCCCCGUUUCAAAUAUACCACUUGGAGAGGACAACAAAUAAUAGAAAACUAGACUUCAGAUUUUAAAUUCAACAUUGACCCUUCCUCUAGUUUUUUUUUCUGCAAAUGAUUUGGUGUUUGUCCUCACAUGGUGCUGUGUUUUUAGCGUGUGCAGCUAUUUUUUUUAAUGAGUUUUUGGUUUUGAUUGUGUUUUUUAAUGUGCACAAGUGCCAAAGUAAUCCAAUCCAAUAUUUUGCCAUUCAAAAAUCUACAAAAGACUCUGAAAUGCUACAUGUGGUUUUGGAACAAAGCGCAAACAGUUGUGUGAGUUGAAAUAUAGCUAUUUGUAUUAUUUGGGAUUGUGUUCUGUGUUUCUGUUCUGAAUUUGUACUAUUUUUUUUUUUUUUUUUUUACCCAUUUAAUUGACAUUUCUUUGAAGAAAAAUCAUGCUCAUGUGACUGUACUGUUGGAGCCAAAUAAAUGCAGUCUUUCAAUUGCA